CGGGGCUGUCAUUCCGUACUCCGUAUUGUCGGACGUCAGUUAUCUCGAAAGUUUGAGACCACUUGUCUCGUCUUCGACCGUUCCUUCGGAAUCCGUCGGAAAUUUUGUGAGAUCGCCCCUGGAAUACGAAGACAGGCGCAUCCGCGCUCGCUCCUUCCCGAUGGAUUACCACUUUUAAACGUCCCCGGUCGGAUAAUCCAGCUUUUGACGAUAAGAGAUGAACGAAUUUUAGCCAGUUGUCAAAACAAAGCGGAAAUAGAAAAAAGAUCCAGGAUGGUGUUGAGCAAAUUUCAAACGAUAGACACCACCUGCGUCGAGUACGUUCAUCCGUGGAACGAGUCGUGCUACCAAUCCGCCCUGACACUCGUCAGACCCUGCGUUAAAGAAUCCCUAAGAAUAUACGUGACGGCCUAUUUGAUAUCACUAUUGCUCAGACGCAAGGUACCAACAAAGGUUGAGCUGUAUAAGGCUCUUCUUGGGAUAAUACAAUCUAGCAUUUUUCUCACAUCACACGGCUUGGGAUUUUCAGCAUCAGUAUGUUUAGUCAGGAGGAUUAUGGGCAACUUCAAUUUUCUGACAGUGUCGUUCAUACCGUCGUUCCUCUCGAGCAUUGUGUCGAUUUUAAUUGAAAGGCCUUCACGAAGGGGUCUUCUCAGCCUGUACGUCACAAAUGUGGCUUCUGAAACAGUAUUUCGAAUGGCAGUGGAUAGGAGACUAUUCAGACCAAUUCCUUUUGGUGAAGUGUUCAUCUUUUCCGCUUCUGUGGCUACCCUUUUAUAUUUUUAUAAAGGAAUCGGUCUUCCAAAAGAUCCUAUUUAUUCUUUGCUGAAGAUGUUGGUCGGCCCCUGCGAAGAGGUGUCUUUCAAGAAACCGGAGGAAGAAGUACCCGUGUAUAGUUUAAAAUCUGAAAAGGGAAGUUGUUCUUUAGUGAACGUUCAAGCAAAACUCGUUAACGCUUGGAGGAAAUUCGUAUUUUAUUUGAAGUCUCAAUCGUCGCACCCGUCUUGCCCUCAUCAAUUCAGUUGUGCCUAUUAUACCUUAAGUGCUGGGAGCAGGCUAUUUAUAAUUGGAUAUUUAAUUCAGUUGUCGUUCAAGUACUUAUUGAAUCUUCGUAAAAUAAAAAAGAACCCUAAUCUUCUCCUGAAGAUUCCACUGAAACUCGAAAACAUGGGGCUGGCGACUUGUUUUGCAGGAUUUUCUUCAAUAUUCAGGGCAGUUAUGUGUACCAUGAGGAGACUUUAUGAUCAAGAUUAUAUCAUUCAUUCACUUCCUGCUGGCUUUUUAGCAGGGCUCUCAUUCUAUUUUUACAGAGACAACACAAUCGCUCUCUAUUUUAUGUGGAAAAUGGUUCAGAUUUGUUACAACUUGGGUAGCGAUAAAGGACAUUUUCCUAAGCUCAACUGGGCUCCGAUAUUUUUCCAUGCUUUUUCUACUGCUAUUCUUUUCCAUGUCGCCAUCUUGGAACCGCAUAACUUGAGGCCUUCUUAUUGGAACUUCCUUCAAGCGAUGUCAGGUGGAAAGAUUGCAAUUAUGGAUAGGGUGUGUAUGGACCGUUUUGGAUUAGAGUCGAGCAGACACUUGAGCGAGGUCUUGGGAAGAAAGGGAAAAGAGCAUAGAUAAUAAGAAACAAACUUUUAUGUGCAAUUACCAGAAACGAAUAAUUAUAUUUUAUCAUUACAAAAUAGGCAAUAUACUUGUGAUAUAGA